AUGUCGAGCGUAUCGCCGGCCUCACGAGGAGCUCUGCGGGUCAGCCCAUUGACCAACCCACGCCGCCGGUUAAGCUCAAGUAAAUGGCCUCGCAAGGAUGCCCUGGCUAUCACCCUCCAGACUGACGACAGCGCCGUCCUCUUCGGCGAAGACGUCGCCUUUGGCGGCGUGUUCCGAUGCUCCUUGGGUCUUUCGGAGGAGUACGGCCCCGAUCGUGUGUUCAAUACUCCCCUGACCGAACAAGGCAUCGCCGGCUUCGGGAUUGGGAUGGCCGCCAUGGGGCAUACAGCAAUAGCGGAGAUCCAAUUCGGGGACUACAUCUUCCCAGCGUUUGACCAAUUGGUCAGCGAGGCGGCUAAGCUUAGAUACCGAAGCGGAGGCAUGUAUAAUUGCGGAAAUUUGACAGUUAGGACACCCAUCAUGGCAGUUGGCCAUGGCGGGCUUUUUCAUUCUCAGAGUCCCGAGAGUUUCUUCCAGCAAGCCUCAGGAUUGAAAGUUGUCAUACCGAGGUCACCGACCCAAGCCAAAGGGUUACUUCUAGGCUCGAUCAAGGAGCCAAACCCGGUGAUAUUCAUGGAGCCGAAGGUGCUUUACCGAUCGUCAGUGGAGUGGGUACCAGGCGGAGAGUACACGCUGCCGUUAGACAAGGCGGAGGUGCUGAGUACAGGCCAGGAUUUGACGGUGGUGAGCUACGGCACGGCGGUGUACGUCUGCGAGCUCGCAUUGGCCAUGCUCAAGAACCCGCCCCCGGAGAUCGCCCAUCUCGUCCCGCCCAGUCUCAGGAACAUCUCCGUCGAACUCAUCGACCUCAGAACCGUCAUCCCCAUGGACCAAGAAACUGUCGUCGAAAGCGUCCGUAAAACCGGCAGAGCUAUCGUCGUCCAUGAAGCCGCUUCCAACGGCGGCGUCGGUGCCGAACUCGCGGCCAGGAUCCAGGAACAUUGCUUUACUAGACUCGAGGCGCCGGUCAAAAGGGUUUGCGGCUGGGACACGCCGUUCCCGUUAGUCUACGAGAAGUUUUACUUACCAGACCAGAUCCGGAUCCUUGACGCGAUCGUCGAGACGAUGAGAUACUGA